AUGGAGCCCGAGCUGGAGCACACCAUGCCUGGGACCCCCUCCUGGAGCAGCCUUGGGGGACCAGAGCAUCCAGCAGCUCAGCAGGCUCCAUUCUCCCUCCCUGAGACAAGCUUCCUGGAGCAAGGGGAGAACAAUUCCUGGUCAUCUCUGGUCAGAGCCACCACCUCAGGCAGAAGCUAUGGGAAACGGGGAGCCAGGGCCUCCAGGUGGAAGAGACAAGAGGCUGUGGAGGAAGAUGAGCUGCCAGAUCUGGGGGAUGGUGUCCCUACCGGGCCAGCUGCUGAGUCCACUGAGCUAAAAGCCAAGUGUCCUGAGGCCACAUCUCUUGAGGCCACGCCCUUGACCCUAGCUGCACAUCCUGCGGCCAGGGUGACCAUCCCACCCACAGAGUGGGCCUUCCUGCCUGCUACCUGGACAACCUCACUGGCCAGCUCCAGCAUCGACAGUAUGGGCCUGGACUUCCCGGUUACAAAUGUGUGGGGCGAUGAGCUGGACAACCUGGCAGAGGAAAGGCUGGCAUGGGGCCUGGGCCCGCAGGCCCCUUUGCCCAGACUAAGCUGGGAGGACGAGAUGCAGAAGCCAGAAGCACAGGUGUACAUGCACUUCAUGCAGGAGCACAACUGUUACGACGCCAUGGCCACCAGUUCCAAGCUGGUCAUCUUUGACACUGGACUGGAGAUCAAAAAGGCCUUCUUUGCCAUGGUGGCCAAUGGCGUCCGGGCAGCUCCGCUGUGGGACAACAAGAAACAGAGCUUUGUGGGGAUGCUGACCAUCACAGACUUCAUCUUGGUGCUGCAUCGCUACUACAGAUCACCCCUGGUCCAGAUCUAUGAGAUUGAAGAACAUAAGAUUGAGACUUGGAGGGAGAUCUACCUACAAGGUUGCUUCAAGCCUCUGGUCUCCAUCUCUCCCAAUGACAGCCUGUUUGAAGCUGUCUAUACCCUCAUCAAGAAUCGGAUCCACCGCCUGCCUGUCCUGGACCCAGUCUCGGGCACUGUGCUUUACAUCCUCACACACAAGCGGUUGCUGAAAUUUCUACACAUUUUUGGUGCACUGCUGCCCCGGCCCUCCUUCCUCUCUCGCACCAUCCAGGAUCUAGGCAUUGGCACAUUCCGAAACUUGGCAGUGGUGUUGGAAACAGCACCCAUACUCACUGCGCUGGAUAUUUUUGUGGACCGUCGUGUGUCUGCACUGCCCGUGGUCAACGAAGCUGGUCAGGUCGUUGGCCUUUAUUCCCGCUUUGAUGUGAUUCACCUGGCAGCUCAGCAAACCUACAACCACCUAGACAUGAGUGUGGGAGAUGCGCUGAGGCAGAGGACGCUGUGUCUGGAGGGGGUUCUUUCCUGCCAGCCCCACGAAAGCCUGGGGGAAGUCAUUGAACGCAUUGCCAAGGAGCAGGUACACCGGUUGGUACUAGUGGACGAGAACCAACAUCUUCUGGGCGUGGUGUCCCUCUCUGACAUCCUACAAGCACUGGUGCUCAGCCCUGCUGGCAUUGACGCCCUUGGUGCCUGA